AUGUCUGUCGCUAGAACUGCUGGUUUCGCCCUUGCCUCCGCGGCCAUGGUCUCGGCCCACGGCUACGUCCAGGGAAUUGUCGCCGAUGGCUCGUACUACGGAGGAUACCUGGUCGACAACUACCCCUACAACCCCAGCCCCCCUGAUGUUGUCGGAUGGUCUGAGCAGGCCACGGACCUGGGCUUCGUCGAGCCCAACAGCUACACCGACGCCGACAUCAUCUGCCACAAGGAGGCCAAGAACGCCCAGCUCUCUGCCGCGAUCAAGGCUGGUGGAGAGGUUGAGCUGCAGUGGACUGAGUGGCCCGAGAGCCACCACGGCCCCGUCAUCGACUAUCUCGCCAACUGCAACGGCGACUGCGCGACCGUCGACAAGUCCACCCUCGAGUGGUUCAAGAUCAGCGAGGCCGGUCUCGUCGAUGGCAGCAGUGCCCCCGGUACCUGGGCCUCCGACGACCUGAUCGCCAACAACAACUCCUGGACCGUGACCAUCCCCAGCAGCAUCGCCGAUGGCAACUACGUGCUCCGCCACGAGAUCAUCGCCCUGCACUCCGCCGGCCAGGAGAACGGCGCCCAGAACUACCCCCAGUGUGUCAACCUCAAGGUCACCGGCGGCGGCAGCGACAAGCCCGCCGGUACCGUCGGAACCAAGCUGUACACUCCUUCCGACGAGGGUAUCGCGUUCAACAUCUACGCCCAGCUUGACUCCUACCCCAUCCCCGGUCCUGCUCUCUACUCUGGCGGCUCCUCCGGCGGCAACGGUGGCGGCAGCUCUCCUACCUCCAGCUCUCCCGUCAUCCCCACCUCCAGCUCCGGUGCUUCUUCCACUCCUCUUGCUCCCAGCUCGACUGCCGAGGUUUCCGUGACUGCUCCCACCCAGGUUGCUACCCAGGUCGCCCAGCCCACCACCGAAGUUGUCACCUCGACCCAGGACGCCCCUGCUCAGACCCAGACCGUCACUGAGACUGCGUCCGCCCCUGCCCCUACCGAGCCUGCCACUGGUUCUGGCUCUGACAACAGCUCUGGCUCUGACAACUCCUCAAGCGGCUCCAGCUCCGGCUCUGACAACAGCAGCUCUGGCGGCUCUGGCAGCUCUGAUGGCUCCAGCUCUGGCUCCAGCACUGAGCUCCCCACCGACAGUGCCAGCCUCACCGAAUGGUUCAACUCUCUCAGCGCCGAAGAGUUCCUCAACUACCUGAAGGCCACCUUCUCUUGGUUGGUCACCGACAAGGUCCACGCUCGUUCCCUCGAGUAA